UGAAUAUAACAAACCAGAAAUUAAUAAGCGCAUUCAUUUCUAUAAAUUAUUGUUUUCCAAAAUCUGUCUUUAAUUGUUAAAAUCCUGGGCACCCUUCCUCUUAUGGGACAGAUUGAUAACUCCCCUGCAAGUUGAGUAAUGGGCUAUGCAAGCUCCCUACCUUAAUUCCAGGAGGGAGAAGGCAAACAGCCUAGUGAGUAAGGGAAGCUCAGGCUGAAGUCAGGCCCUGGUGAUGACAGGGUCACUGCCCACCUAGGGGAGGAGCAAGUGGCUAAGCAGUGGCAGGUGGAGUGGUGGGGCCUCCCUGGGGCUGCGCGGGGAGACAGAUGGGUAGGAUAUCAGAGGACUCGCACCAGUACUACAGAAAUGCAAAAUCCCUGUAGAUCUGGAAGACGUUGAGCCCUGGUCUUGAAGCUUGGGCUGAGAACCUACACCAUGUACUUUCAGCACCCUCUAGCUUUAAGGGAGGUGCUCGAGACUUACUGGCCAAUCAGAGCGUUUAGGCGGACCUGCCAAUCAGAAGGGAAGGCGGGUUUUUCCGGAUGCCUUGACUUAGUUGCUGAGCAGGCUUAAAUGGACCUGUGUGCUGUGCUCCUUGUCCUGCCGCUGGAUGCUGUGGAUCUUGCUCAGGCAAACUCCGAACUUGCGACAUGGUGAACAGAGUCACUGCCAACAAUGGGGAGAAGCAGGGGUCUGAGCAGUGCGAGCUGCUGUGGUGCGAGCUGCUGUGGAUGCAUUGACUUAUGAUGAUGUGCAUGUGAACUUCACUCAAGAAGAAUGGAUUUUGCUGAAUCCUUCACAGAAGAAUCUCUACAAGGAUGUGAUGCUGGAGACCUAUAGGAACCUCACUGCUAUAGGUUAUAAUUGGAAAGACCAUAAUAUUGAAGAACAUUGUCAAAGUUGCAGAAGACAUGGAAGGCAUAAAAGAAGUCCAACUGGAGAGAAACCCAAUGAAUAUACUCAGUGUGGUAAAGCCUUUGCAUGUCAUAGUUAUCCUCAAAGGUAUGGAAGAAUUCAUAUUGGAGAGAAACCCUAUGGUGAAUCCUUUGCACCAACCAGUGGUCUACAAAUUUGUAAGAUAAUUCAUACUGGAGAGAAACCCUACAAAUGCAAUCAAUGUGGUAAAGCCUUUGCACGACUCAGUUACCUCCAAAUGCAUAAAAUAACACAUUCUGGACAGAAAACUUACAAAUGUGAUCAAUGUGGUAAGGCCUUUGCAUAUCCUGGUUAUCUCCAAGUACAUAAAAGAACACAUACCGGAGAGAAACCCUAUGAAUGUAAGCAAUGUAGCAAAGCCUUUGCAUUUCCUGGUCAUCUUCAAAGACAUGAAAGAAUUCAUACUGGAGAGAAACCUUACAAAUGUAGUGAUUGUGGUAAAGCCUUUGCAUUUAAUACUAAUCUCCGAGUACAUAAAGCAACACAUACUGGAGAGAAACCCUAUGAAUGUAAGCAGUGCAGUAAAUCAUUUGCCUCUCAUGGUCAACUUCAUUAUCAUGAAAGAAUUCAUACCGGAGAGAAACCCUACAAAUGUAAUCAGUGUGAUAAAGCCUAUACACGACACAGUCAUCUCCAAAUGCAUAAAACAACACAUACUGGAGAGAAAACUUACAAAUGUAAUCAGUGUGGUAAAGCCUUUGCAUAUCAUAGUUAUCUCCAAGUACAUAAAAGAAUACAUACUGGAGAAAAACCCUAUGAAUGUAAUCAGUGUGGCAAAGCCUUUGUAUGUCCUGGUCAUCUUCAAAGACAUAAAAGAACACAUACUGGAGAGAAACCCUAUGAAUGUAAUCAAUGUGGUAAAGCCUUUACAUAUCAUGGUCAUCUUCAAAUACAUAAAAGAACACAUACUGGAGAGAAACCCUAUGAAUGUGAUCAAUGUGGUAAGGCCUUUGCAUAUCCUGGAUAUCUCCAAGUACAUAAAAGAACACAUACCGGAGAGAAACCCUAUGAAUGUGAUCAAUGUGGUAAAGCCUUUGCAUCUCAUGGUUAUCUCCAAGUACAUAAAAGAACACAUACCAGAGAGAAACCCUAUGAAUGUGAUCAAUGUGGUAAGGCCUUUGCAUCUCAUGGUUAUCUCCAAGUACAUAAAAGAACACAUACUGGAGAGAAACCCUAUGAAUGUAAUCAAUGCGGUAAAGCCUUUGCAGGUCAGAAUGUUCUUAAAAGACAUAAAAGAACUCAUACUGGAGAGAAACCUUACAAAUGUAAUGAAUGUGGUAAAGCCUUUGCAUUUAACACUAAGCUUCAAAUACAUAAAACAACACAUACUGGAGAGAAAUCCUAUGAAUGUAAGCAAUGUAGUAAAUCCUUUGCCUCUCAUGCUCAACUUCAAUAUCAUGAAAGAAUUCAUACUGGAGAAAAACCCUACAAAUGUAAUCAAUGUGGUAAAACCUAUUCACAAUCAAGUGACCUCCAAGUACAUAAAAGAACACAUACUAGAGUGUAACCCUAUGAAUGUACCUAAUGUGGUAAAGCCUUUACAAGUCACAGUGAUCUUCGAAGGUGUGGUGGUUGGCCCAUCGCCAAGUGGCACUAUUUGGAGGUGUGGCCUAUUUUAAGGAAGUGUGUCACUGUGGGGGUCGGCUUUGAGAUCCUGUGCUUAAGCUCCACCCAGGGCAGAAGAGUCUUCUCCUGGCUGUCUUCUAAUCAAGAUAGAACUUUCACCUCCUCCAGCACCGUGUUUGGUUGGUCACUGCCAUUCUUGAUGGUAAUAGACUGAAUCUGGAUACCACCCAGCAAUUAAAGGUUGUCCUUUACAAGAGUUGCUUUAGUCGUGAUACCUUUUCACAGCAAUAAAACCCAAAUUAAGACAAAAGACAUCACACUGGAAGGAAACCCUAUGAAUGUAUUAAAUAUGGUGAAGCCUUUGCACAUUUCAAUAGUCCUCAUUAUAACAAAAUUAUUCACACUUCCAUUCACUGAAACCCUGUGAAUGGAAGCAAUGUACAGCCUUUGCGCUUCACAGUUAUCGCUGAAUGCACAAAAAAACCCAUACCUUAUGAAUAUGCUCAGUGUGGUAAAGUCUUUGUGUUUUGAAAUCUGUAUAGAUCCAUAACAAUUCAAACACCUGAUCAAAGUAAAUGCCAAGAGUUUAUUGUGAUAAGCUGUUAGGGUUAGAAGAUUAAGGUUUAAGGUGGUUAAAGUUACAGUUAGUAUUACAAAGUUACGGGUUAGGAUUAGAGGGUUAGGUGGUUUGGGCUGAGGCUGAGUUUAGGGAUAGGUUAGGGUUGGGGGUUUAUGGUUUAGUGUUGGGGCAUUAGGGUUAGUGUUAGGAUCAGGAGCCAACAAGCUAUUAACUAGCAGGUGGUCUUCCUGAGAUGGUUUGCUUCAGAUUAUAAAAAUCCAUGGCAGAUUUGCUCCCAUAGGCAAGGCCCAGUAGAAAAUCAUUUUAGGAAAGAUCCCUGCUAUUAAUAUUCUUUUCCUGUUAUUAAAUAUAUAUGACAAUCACUAGGUAUUAGCUCGCCCUUCUGAGCAGAUCUACAAAGAUGUACUGUCUUGUAGUGAUGCUAUUUAGACAAAUAGAUGAUUUCUUAGUGAUGAUCCUAUAAGAAUUCCUAAAAUUAUAUCAGUGUUUAUUAAGAUCUUUUAUAGCAGGACUGCUACUAGGUCCUUUCUGAUAGUCAAAACUGCAGUGAGAACUCUCCCAGUCUCCCAUGUGUCAAUUGUUACUUGCUCUUAGAUAAUAACCAGACUUUCUCCUACUCAGAGCACAUUCCAAGAGGUUGUAAAACAAUUUACCAAAGGUCAUAAAAAGGUAACUAAUGAUUUAUUAUAGGUUCUAGGACAGAAGUUAAAAUAUUGACUGGGUUUAUCUACACAAAACUUCACUAAUAACUUAGUUAUAUGGUUUUUAACUCUUGAUGAACCUGUGGAGCUGUCACAGGUGAUGGAUGUUUAGCCAGAUAAAUAUUCCUAAUGGAUAUGCAUGUAAACAUUCACUGAUGUAAACUUCUUAUUCAAUUUAUGAUUUAAAUUUAUGUGUAAACUUGUGUUGAACUUUUAAACAUGUGAUCAUGUGUUCUGAAAGAUGCAUAAAUGCUGAGGACAAAGAGGAAAGUGAAUUUUCCCCCUUAUCCCCCUUUUUCAUUAAUUCUGUUUUCCCCCUUUUUCUUAGAGAGCUUUCAUAGGAAACUUUUUAGAACUUAGUAAUAAAUGCUAAAAUCACUA